GAGAUGACCUGCAGUCCGGCCUGGCUUAAACGGUCAACCGUAUUGAUCUUCACCUUGAGACAAAGCUACUACUACUUACUUGUAAAAUAUCUUGGUUGUGAUGAGGGUGAGGAUAAGGUGGGAGUAGAACUAAAGAUGAAACGAGGAGAUUCUGAUGGAACAUUUAAUAACAAGCAAUAUUUUCACUGUGCUCCCGGGUUUGGAGUGUUAGUUCCUUUAAACCAGAUUCUAAUCGCCUGGAGACCAUAGAUUUAUAAUUAAGCGUGAAAUCAAAACCAAUCUAAUAAAUGAUUGAAUGUAUGUACUUGCACAAACUUCCAGUAACAACGUUAAUAUACUUAUAUAUUUUAUGUACAAUUUCAAUAUUUAUUAAGUAGAUAAAUUCUAUUUUAUGUACAAUAUUAAUAUUUAUCAGAUCAAAUAUCCUUCUAUAUUUUAAGUACAUAUUAUGGACGUUCACCAAGUCAAAUAAACUGUUCUAUUAACAAUAUUUAUGUUUAUCAAGUCAAAUAAAUUGUUUAUUUUAUGUA